AUGUCAGUGAUUGAAAUGAUUAAAUGUAUUAAUAAAAGUGAUGAAGAAACAAUUUUAAUAAAAGCAACAAGAAAUGAAGAAAAUCCACCAAAAGAGAAACACAUAGAAGAGAUAAUAUAUUAUUAUAUUGAAGAUGUAGAUUCAAAAAGAAUGACAGAAUUAAUUUGUGAAUUAAUAAAGAAAAAUAACAACAAAGGAUGGAUAGAAGUUCAACAUUUAUUAAUUAUAAUUUUAAAUAUAAUAAAAGUUGAUUAUAAAAAAGAAUUACUAAAAAAAAUAAAAAAAGAACAUUUACAAUUUGGUAUUAUCCAAUUAGGUCUAACUGAAAAAGAUGAUUUGACUAGAAUAUUUUGUAAAUAUAUUGAUUCUAUUGUAAAAUUAUAUGAAAGAUUUGAUAUUAUAAUGGAAGAGAAUACUCCAUUAACUCCUCUUUGUAAUGAAAUAGAUUGGAGAAAUGCAUUUAAUGCAUUUGAUAUUAUUAUUGGAUUAUUUAAUGAUUUAAAACAAAUUCAUUGGAAAAACGUUGACUUGUAUCUUUCUAAAUUAACAAUUUAUGUUAUUGAAUUAUUAAUAAAAGAAAUGGCUAUAAUACUUAUCAAACUGAGUUAUUAUAUAAAAACGUUUUUAAUAGACUGUAAAUCAAUAAAAAGUGAUGAUAUUAUGAAACUUAUUUCAAAAUUAAAUGACUUUGAUUCAAUUCAACAUUUUUAUUUCCAAAAAUUACCUAAAUUAAUUCCUUCAUCUCAAUUACCAACAUUUCCUAUUCUUUCUUAUCAUUCUGGAAUUUUUUCUUCUUUAAUUAGUUCAUUAGAAUUAACAAAGAAAUAUGACCAACAAAUACAAUCAAAAUUGUUAUUAGAUGUUCUUAAUGAAUUUAGUUUACAAUGUUCUUUAAAUGAAACUCCUUUAAAGGAAUUUAUUCAUGAACAUGAUACUUAUUCUCAUUCAAAUUCUCACUCAUUGUCUCAUUCAAGUUCUCAUUCAGCAGCUAGUUCAUGUCAAAGAUCAAGAAGUCAUUCUAAACCAUCAUCAACUUCUAAUUCAAGAAAGAAUUCAUUAAGUCUUCAAAAACAAGUCAAUGAUGGUUAUGGAGCAAUAGGAGUAUCAUUAAGACUAUCAGAAAUGUCACCAAAGAAAAAAGAAGGAUAUCUUAUCAAAACAUCAACACCAAAUAGUGGAACAUUAAAUGACCUUUAUAAAAAGAGGUCUCAUUCUAAAUCAGGUAAAAUUGAUAUUGACCAAAGUCAUCUUAGAAAGAAAAGUGUUACAAUACCAUCAGAUGGAGUUCCAAUAAAGAAAUCUUUUUCAUUUUCAAAUUAA